AUGCACGUAAGAAUCGAAACUGAUACUGGUUUUGUUGGUGAAGACACAACAAAUUUCUUGGAUACUGUGGAAGUGUUUGAUUUGAAUGGAUACGCAAUUCCAAUUUCUGAUUUGUGGAAAGAUAGGAAAGCUGUUGUUGCAUUUGCACGGCACUUUGGAUGUGUACUUUGCCGAAAACGGGCUGAUUAUCUCGCAGCGAAGAAGGAUAUAAUGGAUGCAUCUGGGGUGGCACUUGUUUUAAUUGGGCCUGGCAGUGUUGAACAGGCAAAAACAUUCUCUGAGCAAACUAAAUUCAAAGGAGAAGUUUAUGCAGAUCCUAACCACUCAUCAUACAAGGCAUUACAAUUUAUUUCUGGGGUUUCAACCACAUUUACCCCAAAAGCAGCUCUUAAGAUAAUACAGUCAUAUAUGGAAGGGUAUCGACAAGACUGGAAACUUUCAUUUGAAAGGGACACUGUAGCUAAAGGCGGCUGGCAGCAAGGUGGAAUUAUAGUGGCUGGUCCUGGUAAAACUAAUAUCUCGUACAUCCACAAGAGGUUUGGGUAA